AUGGCAUACGGUUCUCAAUUGGGAACGAAAUCGUUGCCCAACGGCACUCGCGAGUUGCAGAAAUCGAGGAUGAAAAUCAACGGUAACGGCCGUUGGCUUAUUUUGCUCAAUAGUUACCAGAAGACAGUCAUGUUUGGCAGCGCGACAUGGCGGAUACGCACGACGCCGAACGAAAGUGAUAAUGGCUCCCUUGCUCAUAUCCUAGCAACCCCCGGAGGCGGGAAGCUGCUCGGUAUUACAACAAAUCAAGAGAAACCUGACUUCGACUCCCGCGGACCCGGAGAAGAAUCCCAAAUGUUAGACUGGCAGAGUCAAUCAGUCUUCACAAAAGAACGCAACAUGAUUGUACCUCUCUCUCUCGAGAGAGAGAGCCACUCGCCAUACCACGAACGUCUUUCGUCCAAAAGUCUAGCGCGAAAACAAAAAGGCCAACGAUGCUUGGCGUCUUACCAAAAUUUGCCUAGCCAGGGCCUAGAAGGAUCGCAAAGACGGGGGGCAUGGGGGCCUCGUCCUCAGAUGAACCCAAGGCUUCACAUCGUUCUGUACUUCGUCCGCUUUCCCAUCCUUUCACAUGAGAUCAGCAAAGAGGCCCUGCCGUUGUGGCUGGUCAAAUCGACUCCAACAACAUGGCUCUACUACAGCCCCAUGUUGACAUCAACAUACACGACUACCUAUGAACAGGGAACAAAAGUCAUCAAAGGCAUCAAGGACGGCAUAUCAACAGAGGACCAUCACUGCGCAUACGUCAGUCUUGGAGAGAAGGUCCUGGCCUCGACUCCCUAG